AUGAUUUUUUUACAUAAAUUAGACCAAAAACUUGUAAAAUAUGUUCAAAUUAUUUCUAAAAAAAUAAAAAUAUAUAUUUUAGCAAACUAUCACAUUUUUUUUGUUAAAAUAAAUCUUAAAAUCAUGCGCUUUCAAAGAUUUUGUAAAGGUUUUAGUUGUUUUUCUGCUAAUGUAGUCCCUAGUUUUAUAAGAUUAAAAUGUGAAACAGGAACUCUAUAUCUGACAACAUUUGUAAGCACCCAUUAUUUGCUUUUUUCUUUAGAAAUGUCUAUGGAUACUUGA